AUGGACGACACAAAAGUGAUUGCCUCACUCGAUACUUUCUACUCUGCGUGCAUGGAUUUGCGGAAACAUAACUACGACAAAUGCAUUGAGAGCUGCACAAUUAUAUUAUCGAAAAACCCUUAUGACCAGGCGGCAUGGGCUCUAAAAAUGCGUGCAUUAACUGAACAACUGUCUAUUGAUGAUAUUGAAGCAGAAGAAGAAGGCAUCGCUGAUUCUUACUUUAACUCUGAUGCAAUAGCUGAAAAUGCUAGAGUAGGUACAUCAUUAAGAACAGCACAAGACACUAAUAACCAAAGGCCUCGGACAGUUGGCGGAAGGCCCUUAAGUGGUAUAGUUCGUCCAUCAACUUCAUCUGCUGGAGGCAAUAAUUUACAAAUGGCUUUGAAAACACCACGUACUGUCGGUUCCUCAAGACCGUUAACGUCUCAAUCAGCUAGAAAUAUACGCCUCGGUACUGCGUCUAUGGUCUCCCAAAUUGAUGGUCCUUUUAUUAAUAUAUCCCGUUUAAAUUUUCCUAAAUAUGCAUCUGAUAAACAACUUUCAAAGUUGUUGUUCAACUACAUAUAUUAUCAACAAAACGAUAUUAGAAAUGCAUUAGACUUUGCGGUGGAAGCAACUAAAUGUUGCAACUUUGAGGACCCUUGGUGGAAAGUGCAGCUGGGAAAAUGUUAUGUAAUGUUAGGAUUACUUCGAGACGGGGAAGCUCAGUUUAGAUCUGCUUUACAACAUGGACCUAAUAUUGAAGUGUUCUUGCGUCUUUCACGAUUAUUCAUUCGCCUCGACCAGCCUUUAAGUUCGUUAGACAUAUGUCAGAAAGCCAUGUCUUGGUUUCCGCAUGAAAUUACAUUACUCAUCGAAAUGGCUAGAAUAUUUGAGGGUCUAAACAAUAUACCAAUGUCAGUUAAAUACUAUAGAGAUAUACUUGAAUUGGAUGCAACAGAUAUGGAAUCAAUUGCGUGUAUUGGAUUACAUCAUUUUUAUUCUGAUCAGCCCGAAGUAGCUUUAAGAUAUUAUAGGAGACUGCUACAAAUGGGUUUAUACAAUGCUGAGCUUUUUAAUAAUCUAGGACUGUGCUCAUUCUAUGCCCAACAAUUUGAUGUAGUUACGGCAUGUUUUGAAAACGCAUUAAGAUUGGCAUUAGAUGAUAAUGCAGCAGACGUCUGGUACAAUAUCAGUCAUGUGGCAAUUGGUUUUGGUGAUUUGGAUAUAGCCGAGCACAGUUUGCAUUUAACAUUAUCUUUGAAUAGUUCUCAUGGUGCAGCUUUAAAUAACUUGGCUGUAUUGCUAUGGCGUAAAAACAAUGUGUCCCGGGCAGAAUCCUUAUUGAACUCUGCAAUAGCAGCUGAAGAUCACCUUUACGAACCACAUUAUAACAGAGCUUUACUAGCUCAAGAGGAAGGUGAUCACCAAACAAGUUACGGUAUGGUAAAGAAGUCGCUCUCAAUAUAUCCUAAUCAUUACAAUUCUAGAGAUAUUUUAAACGAAUUAAAAAAAUACUUUUCUAGUCUUUAA